CACAUUGAAAGUUUGUUAUUGUGCACGUGCGUGGUUUGUUUUCAGCGGUUGUUGCGAACUUAAUAAUUUUUAAAUAACAACCAUGCCCGCCGCUCCCGCAGACCGCAGCAAUGGCAAGCAGACGGAGCCCCACAAGUCUUGGAAGAAGGUGAACGAGGAGCGGAAGGCGCUGAAGCGCCAGCGGAAGCAAGACAAGCUGCUUAAGGAGUUGAACCAGGCGAAGGAGGCGGAAAGUCGAGCAGAGCAGGCUGCCAAUGGAGCCCAGACAAAGAACAGGCCUAAUCCAUCCACCUUGAGCAUAGCCGUGCCCGGCUCCAUACUAGAGAAUGCCCAAUCUGCAGAGUUGCGUUCCUAUGUGGCAGGACAAAUAGCCCGUGCCGCCUGCAUCUUCCGGGUAAACGAGGUGAUCGUCUUCGACGACGUGGGCAUAGCCACUGCCCGCGAAACGAAGCGCAGCUACGAGCCGGACGCGGAGGGAAGUGGAAGUGGCACGGUGCGCAGCAGUUCCCUCCAGCUGGCCCGCAUCCUACAGUACCUGGAGUGUCCGCAGUACCUGCGCAAAUACUUCUUCCCGUUGCACAAGGACCUAAAGUACUCGGGGCUACUUAACCCCCUAGACACACCGCAUCAUCUCCGGCAGCAGAGCAAGUUCCGCUACCGCGAGGGCGUUAUCUGCGACAAGAAGGCCAAGGAGGGACACAGCUACGCCAACGUGGGGCUGCUCAACGACGUUCUGGUGGACCAGGCCAUUGAACCGGGCGUCAGGGUUACUGUUAAAAUGGAACCUCCCAGUGAGACCAGCAAAAAGCAACGUGGAACCCUUGUCAGCCCAGAUGAGCCGCGUCGGGAAACAGGCGUCUACUGGGGCUACCAGGUGCGCAUUGCCCACUCACUGUCGGAGAUUUUCACAAAAUCUCCAUACGAUUCCGGCUAUGAUGUGACGCUGGGAACCUCGGAUCGUGGCACCAACGUGCAUGAGGUGCCCAACCGAUCGUAUGGCUUUAAGCACAUGCUCAUCGUCUUUGGCGGACUGCAGGGCCUUGAAUCCGCACUGGCCAACGACGAGAAGCUGACUGUAGACGAUCCGGAGCUGCUGUUCGAUCACUAUGUAAACGUUUUGCCACGCCAGGGCUCUCGGACAAUUCGCACAGAAGAGGCCUUACUGAUUGCCCUGGCGGCACUGCAGGAAAAACUUCAACCGGAAGUGCCCGACGUUGAGACCGACUUAAGUGAUCUGCUACCCAAAAGUGAGGAUACUGGCUUACCAGUGCGCCGAGAUGUUUUGGUUAGCAAAAAGCAGAAGAAAAGGAAGGUGGUUGAGGACACGACAGAAGCUCAAGUGGAUGACGAACCUACACCUCCAAAACCUGUAAUCAAAGUGGCUCGAAAAACUGCCAAUCCUUUCGCCGAUCCUUCGGAGAGUUUAGAAAAAUCAAGCCCUGCAGAAGACGACUUUGAAAUAGUUUCCUCCACCACAGUUUCUGAAGCACGACAGUCGAGCGCAAAUGACGACUUAAGUCGAUUCGAUUGAAGGAAUAGUUGGGAUUUUAUUUUUGUAAAUAUACAGAUCCAUAUGUGUUGCCUAAA